ACUCGUCUGGACAGCGCCAGGUGUGUUUAUCAUUUUUUCCUCUCCAUUUGUAGGGAGCGUAUAGCGGGCGAGCAGUGCGGAGGAAUAUCAGGGUGACAAACAAAACAGCAGGCUGGGGGGGGAUCUGUGCAGACCGCACCAUGCUUCUCUAACCAGGGACUGAUGGGAUACGCAGACGACCGUCUCUGAGCCUCCCACAAACACAGGAAUAUGUGUUAUUAUUACUCGAUUUGAUUCCUGCGUGUGAGCAUCUCGUGGCGCACCGAUGCCUGUACCUGGAUGAAGGAGCCAUCUGGGAAACAGCAGCCUGGAAUGCCAACAAGAUAACCCUGCAAGGCCAAGAUCCUUCGCUGUGAAGUCUGUCUCUGGGGAACUUCCUUGGACUGAAAGACCUAAUCACCGGAAAGUCUGGUUGAUGAUUUUAACGCGACCUCUUCCAAAAUCAUCUGACUGCAUCUCCUGUCCCUUCCCAGCAUGGCUAGACGGAGGUUAGACUGCUCUCCUAUGAGCCUGGUGUUUACCGGUCUGGUGUUCCUAUCGAUAGGAGUGUCUCGUGUCCAGAGCAAUGACUGCCCCCAGCUGUGUGUGUGUGAGAUCAGACCUUGGUUUACCCCCCAGUCCACCUACAGAGAAGCCAUCACUGUGGACUGCAAUGAUCUUCGCUUAACACGGAUCCCAGGGAACCUGUCCAGUGAAACCCAGGUUCUCCUCUUACAGAGCAACUACAUUGCCAGGACCAGUGAGGAGCUGGAGCAGCUCUUCAACCUGACGGAGUUGGACUUAUCACAGAACAACUUCAGUAGCAUUCGAGAUGUUGGUCUCACCAACAUGUCCCAGCUAACCACACUUCAUCUGGAGGAGAACCAGAUCACAGAAAUGCCUGAUUACUGUCUGCAGGACCUCAGCAACCUGCAGGAACUCUACAUCAACCAUAAUCAGAUCAGCAUCAUCUCUGCCAAUGCCUUCUCUGGGCUCCAUAAUCUGCUCAGGCUUCACCUUAACUCCAACAAGAUCAAAACCAUCAGCAGCCAAUGGUUUGAGUCUACACCCAAUCUGGAGAUUCUCAUGAUUGGAGAGAACCCUGUUGUUGGAAUUAUGGACUUUAAUUUCAAGCCACUGGGCAAUCUGAGAAGCCUGGUUUUAGCUGGGAUGGAUUUGACAGACAUCCCUGGUAAUGCCUUUGUGGGACUUGACAACCUCGAGAGCCUCUCGUUCUAUGACAAUAAGCUUGUCCAAGUACCUCAGAAAGCCCUUCAGAAUUUACCGAACCUCAAAUUCUUAGAUUUAAACAAAAACCCAGUGCACAACAUUCAUGAGGGGGAUUUUAAGAACAUGCUAAGACUGAAGGAGCUAGGCAUAAACAACAUGGCAGAGCUGGUUUCUAUCGAUCGUUAUGCUUUGGACAACCUUCCUGAGCUCACCAAGCUGGAGGCUACAAACAAUCCCAAACUGUCAUACAUCAAUCGUCAGGCCUUUCGUGAUGUUCCAGCUUUGGAGAGUCUAAUGCUGAACAAUAAUGCCCUGAAUGCCCUGUAUCAGUCCACGGUGAACGGCCUCCUCAACCUGCGUGAGAUCAGCAUCCACAGCAAUCCUCUGCGCUGUGACUGUGUCAUCCAGUGGAUGAGCUCCAACAAAACCCAAGUACGAUUUAUGGAACCCCUCUCCAUGUUUUGUGCCAUGCCAGCAGAGGUCAGGAGCUUGCAUGUGCGGGAGGUGUUGCAGAAUAACCUAGCAAACCAGUGCCUGCCCGUGAUUUCUCAUGACACCUUCCCCAGCCACCUCAAUGUGGAAAUCGGUAUGACCUUGGAUUUGGACUGCAGGGCCGUUUCAGAGCCUGAGCCUGAGAUCUAUUGGGUGACGCCAAUGGGAAAUAGGAUCAUGACUGACACCUUAUCUGACAAGUACAGCCUAGGCAGCGAGGGCACGUUGAGAAUUUCUCAUAUCCAACUUGAAGAUUCUGGCAGAUACACAUGCGUGGCUCAAAACUCAGACGGCGCUGACACAAGAGUGAUAGCCAUACAAGUCAACGGUACUCUGUUGGACAGCACACAGCUGUUGAAGAUAUACAUCAAACAGACAGAAUCUCACUCCAUCCUUGUCUCCUGGAAAAUAAACUCAAAUGUAAUGACCUCUAACCUCAAGUGGUCAUCGGCAACCAUGAAAAUAGACAACCCUCAUAUUACCUACACUGCUAGGGUACCUGUGGACGUCCAUGAGUACAAUCUUACACAUCUACAACCAGCAACUGAAUAUGAGGUGUGCCUCACUGUCUCCAACAUCUACCAGCACAUGGAAAAGUCAUGUGUGAAUGUGACAACAAAGCAAGCAGCAUUUGCUGUGGAGAUAUCUGAUCAGGGGACCAACACUGCUCUUGCGGCCGUCAUGGGUACAAUGUUUGCGGUCAUCAGCUUGGCCUCUCUGGGCGUGUACAUUGCUAAGAGGUGGAAGAGAAAAAAUUAUCACCACUCCCUUAAAAAGUAUAUGCAGAAAACUUCAUCAAUACCAUUAAAUGAGCUCUAUCCUCCUCUUAUUAACUUAUGGGAGGCAGAUAGUGAGAAGGAGAAGGAAGGAGCGCCAGAGGCCAAGCCCAGCCAGGUGGACACCACGCGCAGCUAUUACAUGUGGUGAGAGCUCAUUCCAGCGGGAGACCAGAGACGGGAUUGUUUCAGCAGUACUAAUAUACAUAUUUGCUUCUUUGUGUAAAAGUGAACAACAUCUUUUGUUUCUUUCACGUUUCCCUUUCACUUUACUUGGUUCUCUCGGACCGAGGCAGACAAUGAGCAGACAUUUUCAGAUCUAUAGUUUAGUAAUCAGCCUUUUACCUCUCGCUUGUUUUUGACCCACGUUAUGGCAGCUUUGUGUAGCUUCCUGGACUUGUUAAUCACCAUACUUUAGUUUCAACUCUCGUUUUGAUGCACAGAGCACGAACUUUAUCAUGGAUUCAGUGAAUUUGACGAAAACGAAAAGCUGAAAUCCAAACACUUUUUGAGAUGUCUCUCUGGCACAACCGCCAGACUGCAAUCUUUCUUUCUAUUGUAAAACAGUUUCACUGUUGACUGUUGUGCACUGAAAUAUAUACACUAAUGUGUGUAUCAACGUAAAUAUAAGCUGACAAAGUAUGUUUAGACUUGAUAUAAUGUCUAUUGAAUAAUGUUAGAGAUUCUUCUGUAAUGUUGUAUCAGCUAUGAUUUGAUUUAUUUUCUGUAUAUCAAAAUAACAGUAUGUUUGAGUUAGACUUUAAGUUUGCAGAGUACUGUAAACCAGCAAUAGAAACACAAAUGUUAUUAUUUAGGUAAAUAGAUAGAGGCUUUACAUUUCUUUAAAAUGUUUCUUAUUUUGCUAGAAUGUCUACAAUCACUGAUUUUGUUGUGGUUUACAAACACCAACAUGUCUAAGGAGGAGUAACUUGAAUAAAAUCUUCUUUGUUCAUAUUUUCUAAACCAUGAUUUUAAUGAACUGUUUCAUUUUAAUGUGC